CAGAAGCGCAGCAAGAUGCGGGGCUGUAGCCUGCUGCUCCUCUGGGAUGAGAACGAGUGCCUGGACACCACCACCUGCCCGGCGUACUCCACCUGCCACAACACGGCGGGCAGCUACUACUGCACUUGCAAGCAAGGCUUCCUGGCCACCAACGGACAGAGUCGCUUCAACAGCCCGGGAGUGCAGUGCGCGGAUGUCGACGAAUGCUCCCAGAGCCCCCCCGCCUGUGGGCCCCACUCCGUCUGCAUGAACCUGCCGGGGAGAUACAGCUGCAGCUGUUUUCCUGGUUUCUCUUCUCCCACUGGAAACGGCUGGAGGCCGGGAAAACCGGGACGCUUUGCCUGCACAGACAUCGACGAGUGCCUCUCCAGUGGGGUCUGCCCGGACCACGCCCUCUGCACCAACUUCCCGGGAAGCUACAACUGCAGCUGCCAGGCUGGGUUCAUCGCCGACGGCGCCGUUUGUGAAGACAUCGACGAGUGCCUGUCCAGCGGGAUCUGCCCUGAGUACACGGACUGCGUCAACACCCUGGGAAACUACAGCUGCCUCUGCCAGCCUGGGUUCAUGCCGUGGGGCUCCGCUUGUAAAGACAUCAAUGAGUGCCUCUUAGCCGGGCUCUGCCCUGAACAUGCUGACUGCAUCAACUCCCUGGGAAACUACAGCUGCCGCUGCCAGGCGGGAUUCACCUCCCGCGGCUCCGUCUGUGAAGACAUCGAUGAGUGUGUUGACUCGUGCCCCCUCAACUCCACCUGCACCAACACUCUUGGGAGCUACUUCUGCACCUGCCACUCCGGCUUCGCGCCAAGCAACGGACAACUGAAUUUCACAGGCCAAGAAGUGGGAUGCGAAGAUGUGGAUGAGUGCUCCCAAGACCCAUCGCCGUGUGGCCCACAUUCCGUCUGCACCAACGUUCCGGGCUCCUACAGCUGCGGCUGCUCGCCAGGCUUCCGGCCCAGUCCAGAAGGCUCUGAGACGCACGGCAACUUCAGCUGCAGAAGGGUUCCAUUCAAAUGUAGGGAAGACAUGAUUCCCCACAAUGAACAGGUCCAGCACUGCCAAGAAGGGUCAGCUGUGGACCCUAAAUACGUCUCCUUCUGUGGCCUCGUGAAUGCCACCUUCAGCGUCCUGGAUGAUACCUGCGAGAACAAAAGCGCUCCCGUGUCCCUGGAGAGGAAGGUGGAGACAUUUGACUCUGUGCUUGAGCAAACAUCCACGUGGACCAAAUUCACCCAGGAGGAGAAGUCCACCUUGGCCACGGUCCUCCUGGAGAGUGUGGAGAGCACCACGUUAGCCGCUUUACUGACGUCUUCAGAGAACACCAGCCAGGCUGUUCACACGAAACACUUGGACAUCGAGAGCAAAGUCAUCAACGACGACGAGUGUAAUAAGGAGAAUGUGUCCUUUCUCUUGAAAGCCAAAGGGGAUGCGAUGACUGUUGGGUGCUCCACCAUUGAAGAAUCUGAAAGCACAGGAACCACCGGAGUGGCUUUUGUCUCCUUUGCAAACAUGGAGUCUGUUUUAGAUGAACGCUUCUUCGCAGACCCCCAGGCCCACUGGGGCACCAUGGAGAGGAAACUGAGGAUGAAUUCUCGAGUGGUUGGGGGCAUCAUGACCGGGCAGAGAAGGGACAACUUCACAGAACCCGUUAUCUACACUCUGGAGAACAUCCACACAAGCUCGAGAAGGCCAUCUGUGUCUCCUGGAACACAGAUAUUGAGGAUGGGAGGUGGACACCAUCUGGCUGCGUGACCCUUACAGAGUCGGAAACGCACACAACCUGCAGCUGUAACCACAUGGCAAACCUGGCCGUCAUCAUGGCCUCUGGGGAGCUUACGAUGGAGUUCUCCUUGUAUGUCAUCAGCCACGUGGGCAUGAUCAUCUCCCUGGUGUGCCUCCUCUUGGCCAUUGCCACCUUCCUGCUGUGUCAUGCCAUUCGCAACCACAACACCUAUCUCCACCUGCACCUGUGUGUGUGUCUCUUCUUGGCCAAGUUUCUCUUCCUCACCGGUAUAGACAAGACCAACAACCAGACGGGCUGCGCCAUCAUCGCGGGGUUCCUGCACUACCUUUUCCUCGCCUGCUUCUUCUGGAUGCUGGUGGAGGCCGUGAUGCUCUUCCUGAUGGUCCGGAACCUGAAGGUGGUGAAUUACUUCAGCUCCCGCAACAUCAAGAUGCUGCACCUCUGUGCCUUCGGCUAUGGGCUCCCGGGGCUGGUGGUGACGAUCUCAGCGGGCGUGCAGCCACAGGGCUACGGGAUGCAUAACCGCUGUUGGCUGAAUACGGAGACAGGAUUUAUAUGGAGCUUCCUGGGUCCCGUUUGCACCAUCAUCGCGAUCAACUCGGUCCUCCUGAGUUGGACGCUGUGGAUCCUGAGGCAGAAGCUUUGCAGCGUCAACACCGAAGUCUCAACACUCAAGGACAGCAGGUUACUGACCUUCAAAGCCUUCGCCCAGCUCUUCAUCCUGGGUUGCACCUGGGUGUUGGGCAUUUUUCAGGUUGGACCCAUUGCAGGCAUCAUGGCGUAUCUGUUCACCAUCGUCAACAGCCUGCAGGGGGCCUUCAUCUUCCUCAUCCACUGCCUGCUCAACCGCCAGGUACGAGAAGAAUACAGGAGAUGGAUCACCAGGAAGACCAAGCCCAGCUCCCAGCCCCAGACCUCAGGGAUGCUACUGUCCUCCACACCCUCCACUUCCAAGACGGCAAAGGACUGCAUGUCUUCCACAGACUCUGCUCACAAGGAAUGCCUGUCAUGUAGCAACACUCAAUAUGCACAAGUCUCCUGGGAGGUCAGUGUGCGCACCUGUGUUACCUAGUUAAAGUGCUUGCUUGCUUUCAAGCCUACUAUUAUGGAGCAAUGUGUGAGCAGUGCAGGUGCCGUCAGGAACCAACUCUGAAAUCUUCUCUUCCUGGCUUCUCGUGGAAAAGCAAGGUCCUGCCAGCUCCAAAAUUCUGCGGACGGUUCAGAGCACGGGUGGGUAGGGGUCAGGGCUUCACGCACUGGAGAGAAACAAAGGUUUCUUCGCCAAGUUACUGUUUUCAUCUUCCGCAGUUUGCAACUCUCUGAAUUUCCAGAGUUCUUGAAAAUAGCAUAUCCCGGUUCACGUUGGCAUGACCGAAAACACAUGGCCGCCACUCUGUAUCUCCCUUCCCUCGUGGGCGCCUGGUCCCAGCUGUGCCCUCUAGCACAAUUGUGUCACUGACACAGAAAAGGUCUCAAUAAAUGAUCUGUCAUCUGCCUGA